UUUUCCACACCUUUGAUGUCCACAGCAACAAGCUAAAAGUCAUCUAAGUACUCAAAUUGACAUGGCUGCAAUAGUUGCAUUCUUGAAUUUGAUCAUCAUGUUUUCAGUAGUCUCUACAGGCAAUUCACUGAGCUUAAACUACUACGAAAAAACAUGCCCUGGUUUGGAGUACAUUGUUGCCAAGGCAGUGAAGGAUGCCACUGCCAAGGACAAAACUGUUCCAGCAGCACUUCUGCGAAUGCACUUCCAUGAUUGUUUCAUUCGGGGGUGUGAUGCCUCUGUGCUGCUAAAUUCAAAAGGAAACAACAAAGCAGAAAAGGACGGGCCACCAAAUGUUUCUUUGCAUGCAUUUUAUGUCAUUGAUGCAGCAAAGAAAGCAGCAGAAGCCUCAUGCCCUGGUGUAGUCUCUUGUGCUGAUAUCCUUGCUCUAGCAGCAAGGGACGCAGUUUUUCUGUCCGGAGGGCCUACGUGGGAUGUUCCUACAGGAAGAAAGGAUGGUAGAACAUCUAAGGCAAGUGAAACCAUACAAUUACCUGCGCCAACCUUCAACUUAUCACAACUGCGACAGAGCUUCUCUCAAAGAGGACUGUCAGGGGAAGAUCUGGUAGCUCUGUCAGGGGGGCACACUUUGGGUUUCUCUCACUGCUCAUCUUUCCGGAACAGACUCCACAACUUCGAUGCUACACAUGAUGUUGACCCUAUAUUAAAUCCGGCAUUUGCAGCAAAACUGAAAUCAAUUUGUCCAGUAAAAAAUCAGGCAAAAAAUGCUGGCACCACCAUGGACCCUUCAUCAACAAGUUUCGAUAAUACAUAUUUCAAGUUGAUCCUCCAACAGAAAGGCCUGUUUUCUUCUGAUCAAGCUUUGCUUGAUAACCCAGACACCAAGAAUCUGGUUACAAAGUUUGCCAGCUCACAAAAGGCUUUUUUUGAGGCUUUUGCAAAGUCCAUGAUCAAAAUGGGUAGCAUCAAUGGUGGGCAGGAGGUUAGAAAGAACUGCUGGGUGAUCAAUUAAAAAGUCUUAAUUCAAGUUAAAUUGAUGUUCUAAACAAAUUAGAAGUAUGAAAUUGGUGGAUCAAAUUUCCAAGAUGGAAAGAAUAUUACGUGUUUUUCCUCUAUGAGAGGAACAUGUAUAUUUAUCUCAAGUUAAUAAAAUCUCAAGAAUGUCUUGGGAAAUUAAUUUUGAACUUAGUUAUAAAAUAUAUCAUUUUGGUAGUC